ACGAAAGUCACCGUCACCCUUGGGGGUCCUCUGAGCAGCCUCUGAGCAGCUCCGGGUGGCUCCGAGGUCCCCCCUUCCCACGGUGGUGACAGUGGCCAGGUUCGGCGGUGCCAUGGGGCGGUUCUGGCUCUGCCUCCUCAUCCUCGCUGCGCUCUUGGGCCCCGCAGAAACAAAGAGGGCCCGGAUCUGGACACAGCCGGCAGCACCGACCGUGUACCACCGGCUGAUGCUGAUCUGCGAAGUCACUGGAGAUCCCGGCCCCCAGGAGUUCCUGUGGGAGAAGGAAGAAAGCCCAGUUCCGCUGCAGAAAGGCCCCCACAACGUCCUGUUCCUCCCCUCCUUCAACGACACCCACCUGGGCACCUACACCUGCACAGCCAGCAGCCCCCAGGGCACGGCCGUGGCCACCUACACCCUGUGGAUAAAUGGAGCAGCCACCUCUGUGUCGCCUCUCCCAGAC